AUUCUGGAGCAGUCGACCGCGCUUUCUUCUCUCUCUCUCUACCCCUCAGCUCUGCACGGAGAAAUGGAAGACGAGCUGCUUUGGAGCAGGGAGACCAUACCUCGUGUUCUGCAGAUAGUAAGCGCGAGACUCCCUCAGAGAGACCUUAUAUCUCUCCUUCUAGUCAGUCCAUGGUUGUACCGCACUCUCGUCUCCAAUCCAUCUCUCUGGCAGGUCAUCGAUUUGCACGAAAUGAAUAAUGCUGGUGAUCGAUUGAUUUCUGCUCUCUCGUUGUCCAGAUACCACCAUGUGAGACUGCUCAACCUUGAAUUUGCACAAGAUAUUGAAGACAAACAUCUCACUCUACUUAAAUGCAAGCAUAUGGAAUCACUCCAAGAUUUGGAGUCACUAAAUCUUAAUGGCUGCCAGAAGAUAUCUGAUAAUGGAACCGAGGCUGUAACUAGUGCUUGCCCUAAGCUCAAGGCAUUAUCUAUCUAUUGGAAUGUGAGGGUGACAGAUUUGGGUAUAGAGCAUAUUGUGAGGAACUGCAAACAUAUGGUUGAUCUGAACUUGAGUGGCUGCAAGAACAUUUCAGAUAGAAGUAUGUAUUUGAUUGCUGACACUAUCCGAGAGCUGGAGUCUUUGAAUUUGACUAGGUGCAUCAAGAUAUCAGAUCGUGGACUGCAACAAAUAUUAUUGAAGUGUCACUCCCUGCGUUAUCUAAACCUUUAUGCUCUCUCAAGUUUAACGGAUGAAGCAUAUGAGAUGAUAGCACUUCUUACUCAUCUUAAAUUUUUAGAUCUCUGCGGUGCACAGAAUCUGUCUGAUGAAAGUCUUUCCUGUAUAGCCAAAUGCAAGAAUCUGGUAUCUCUGAAUUUGACUUGGUGUGUAUGUGUUACUGAUGUUGGAGUUAUAGCCAUCGGACAAGGUUGCCCAUAUCUUGAAUUCCUGAGCUUAUUUGGCAUCAAGGGAGUGACUGACAAGUGCCUGGAGGUGCUCUCAAGGUUCUGCUCGAGCACACUGACAACCUUAGAUGUGAAUGGGUGUAUUGAAAUUAAGAGAAGGAGCCGUGAGGAAUUGCUUCAAUUGUUCCCACAUCUAAGAUGCUUCAAAGUGCAUAGCUAAUACUUUUGUCCAAGGAGCUUCUAAUAUAUUCCUUCUCGUCUGUGAGUGUACCUAUUUACUGAUUAUCUUGGCUCUUAGUUGCUUGAGUGAACUGAACUGUAUUUGAAAAAUAACAGCUUAAUGAAAUCUGGAGUGAAUGUGAGAUAUUCAUGACAGAUUUAGUCUGCUUCUUGCCUUUUUUGUGCUAAUGACAUAUUUGUGUCUCCAUUGAGCUGGUCAUCCUUGCACAACUGUUGGGUGAAGCAUAGCCUAUUUCAUGCAAAAAGGAAAAUCUGAAUAUCCAUACCAUCAUGUCAUGUAUGGGUAACUGCCCUGGAUUGAGGAAGAAAUUGCUGCAUUGCAUGGAGGGGCCCAAUUUUGUUGGUAUAUGUAUUUAUUUACGCGAUCUUUCGACUAUGGCCUGACCUAGUGAAGUGCCACCACUCUUGGAUUUUUUACAUUACAUUAAUUUUACUUGUAUUGGAUUCCAUUAGAAUUUUAUAAUGAAGAUACUGUUAUUUUAAAA